UCGUCCAAAUGUGAAGGUGUGAGCCUCUGAGCUGCUUCAAGCGCACCACUUUAUUUCCUAUCAUUUUAAGUCCAUUAACACGAAUUUUCCCACGCAUAUUUCAUGGUAACUAUGACAAAAAGUAAUAAAAACACAAAUAAAUAAGUAGUUUAUGAGGUAACAUCAGAGUAAAACACGACCAUAACACAGCCAGCAAACAUGGCCGGUCGGGCGCAUGUUGACGACUCCGUGAUUGAGAGAAGACUACGGCCUAUUUACGAAUGGUUGGAUACGGGAAACAACAAAAAGGCCGUGCAGGAAGCUGACAAGGUCCUGCGGAAACAGUCAACCCUCCACUGUGCCCGCGUCCUCAAGGGUCUGGCUCUGUUACGGAUGAGCCGGCGUGAGGAGUGCGAGAACCUCAUCUCUGCUGUCAUCAAGGAGGGACCAACAGAUGAAGCCACACUCCAGGCCCUCACAAUAUGUUUUCGUGAGAUGCACCAACCUGAUCAAAUAUGCAAAGUUUACGAAAUGGCGGUGAAGACAGAGCCAAGCAACGAGGAGCUGCUGUCUCACCUCUUCAUGGCGUACGUUCGGGUGGGCGACUACAAGAACCAACAACACACGGCCAUGAAGUUGUACAAACUCAAACCCAAAAAUCCCUAUUACUUUUGGGCAGUGAUGAGCCACGUCAUGCAGGCCCAUAAAUCAGGUGAUCCAAAGGGUAAAGAGGUCAGCCUUUUGCUCGCCGAGAGAAUGGUGAACAACUUUAUCAAAGACGGCAAAAUUGAAGCAGAGGCGGAGGUUAUGACGUUCCUUCACAUCUUAGAAACACAGGGUAAAUAUGGUGAGGCGCUGGGUGUCUUGGAUGGGCCUCUGGCAGAGAAGGUGGUGCAUCAGCCUCAGAACUUUUUGGCACUAAAGAGAGGCUCCUACCACUCAAAACUCAGCCAGUGGGAAGCAGCCUCAUCUGUCUAUAAGAACCUCAUACUGGAAGAGCCAGACAACUGGCAACACUACGUAGAGUACAUCAGAACAAUGAUGAAAUUAAGGGAAACAGACAGAGGAAGGGAAGACCCGCUAGUGGCUGCUGCUGCGUUUCUCAGUGACAUGAAACAAAAGGCAGAGUCUGAGAAGACAAAAAAUAGAGGGCCUUUUUUAGGCCUGUUACAGUUAGCUUUGGUGCUACACCAGCAGGGAAUGAGUGAACGAAUCAGUGAAUUAUGUGGUGAUCUUGUAGAGAUCCUCCACCUCUACAUUCAGGGGUAUGGGGACAAGAUGUGUUGCUAUGGUGACAUUGUUAACUUCCUUCCACUCGUGCCAAAGGACCAGAUCUCUCUCUUCCUCAAACAAAUUAAGGAACUUGUACAACUUAAUGAAGAAGGUACUCCAGUUAAUGUUGAAGCUGUUUAUCGUAAUCUUUGUUGGUUACAACUUAGAAGGGCCUUAGGAGAACAGGAGACGUUAACCCCACUACAGCACAUGGAAUUCUCUGACUCUCUUGUAAAGUUGUACAAACAGACGCUCCAUCUCUCCUCACAUAUGGCUGACACAGACAUCAGACCAGGGGAUGCCUACUUGAUCCUGGCCACCCACAGCUACCUUAAGGCAGUGUCCAAGUGUGAUGGGGCCACCACAGACAUCAACCCGAAACACCUCAUCCUAAAAGUUGCUGCCAUCUUGGAACACGGCAUAGAAAUUUCUAAAGCUAAUUUUCAGUUAAAACUACUACUUAUUAAAGUGUAUAAUAUCCUUGGUGCCACAGAUGCCUCUCAGACUGUAUAUGAAAAAUGUGACUUAAAACACAUCCAGCUUGACACCCUGGGUCACGUCCUGGCAUUGCAAGCUCUGGACUCUGCCAAUUAUGCAACUGCUGCCGACAUUUUCUCUUCCACGCUCAAAUUCUUCAUGGCCAACUAUAAAGAUACCUCAGAUCCACUAAUAUCUUCGUAUAAAUAUGGAUCACUGACUAGAAUUCCUGAGUUCGUGGAGUUCAGAGAAAGAUUAAAUAAUUCCCUCCAUUUUGCUACAGUGACCGCCGAGCAGAUGCUGAUGGAACUAACCUCAGAUAUAAGCUCUCACAGCCACAUGGUAGAAACAUUGCAACAGAUGGACAUUGACCCUGCGACGGACAAGACCAACUGGGAGGAGCUACGGAACAACUGGGACCUGCGAGUCAUGAACACUUGGGAACCUCUCAGCAGAUGUCUGCAAGAGAGUGACAUAAAGGCCAGCACGGUGGCGGACAUCUCCAUGCUAAAACUCCGCAAUGUGACGCUCAGAUUAGUGGGCGCAGCAAGCAGACUUGGUCAUUCGAAAGUAAGCAAUGAUCAAGCCUCAGCAAACAAAGAAAAUAGUGCAUGUGUGAAUGGUGAGGCCACUUCAUCAGCUGAUGCAACACUCUUGGCUGACCUGACCGCCAGAUUAGAGGAGGAAUUUGAAGACUGCACCAGACAUCGAAAUUGCAAGUCUCCACAGCUUCCACUUCAAGGUCCUGAUCCGUCCAGAAUUUACCUUUACACGUCAGGAAGCUACAUCCCUCUCCUAGUCAGACACGCACGAGUUUUACAGCGAAUACACAAAUGUUCUCAUGAGCCUGCAGGUGUGGAAAGUUGGUCGAGUGAAAUCAUCAAGGAGACUCGAGAGGAGAUAGAGGAGAUGAUCAGGUCACACAUGCAGCACCUGGAUACUCUACAGACCAUCACCCCAAAGAUCAUGCCUGGUGUCAACCCUCCAGCCUUAACACAGCUGCACCACCUGGCCCAGACACUAGGCAUUAUUGCCAUCCUCCUCGGCUGCUGUUUUACCAUCCUUAAACCUAUAAAAGCUUCCGUGUCCAAGAGGAACAAGAAGAGAAAAGAGCCUGUGAUAAUGCCUGAGGUAAUACCCCAGUUUUCAAGCUACAUCACCUCCCUCACGGCUCACCUACAGAAGUUAGACAAAGCCACCUCCGACAAGUACAAGUCCAUCAAGUCAACGACCGAGGAAAACAUUCAGAAGGGUUACUCCUCCGUGGACAUCAGCUCUACCCUCACGAGUCACAUCGAAGGGAAAGCAGUGUGCGAAAAAGUGGAGCAGAGUUUUGUAAAGAGUUUAGAUAGGCUCUCAUAUUCUAUAGGAAGUAAAUUAAAAUAUAUUUCAUCUCUAAAACUCUAAUGUGGAAUUUUUCACUCAAGAGGUCUGGUGAUAUAAUAUUUUUAUUGUGUUGACCAGCCUUGGUUAUGACUGUGUCCCCCCGAUGAAAAAUAAAAUGCAAAUGUGUCUUAAAGUUUGUGCAAGUCUCCGAUAAAGUUUUAGUGAGAAAGUCUGACGUUGUUGGUCUGCAGAAAUUUGACUGUGAGUUCAAGCAAUUAUAUUUCAUUGUUUUUAUUGAUUGAAUAUAUUAUGUUUGUUUCUUUUAAUGAGAGUUUUACAGCAGCUGAAGUCUUGUAACCAUUUGCUUGUUGAGUUUCAUCUGAAUAUAAUUUAAAUGUGAUAA